UGAAGACCUACCACCACCAUGCUCGCAAGGCGGUGCCUGUCGUUCUCCCGCCCAGCGCACGCGCGCAGUUUAUCGACUCGUGCAUCCGCAAUCCUCUCUGCGCUAGACAUACCCAUUGACAAGGAACUGGCUGGUGUGUACCAUGGAGAGUGGACGGGAUCCGGCGACCUCUUGGAGAGCAAAUGCCCCACGACCGGCGAGGUUUUGGCGCGUGUACGCUCGGCUUCGCCUGAGGAGCUGCACGCUGCCUUGCAUAAGUCGCGCGAGGCGUAUCAAGUGUUCAGGUCUAUUCCAGCACCCAAGAGAGGCGAGAUAUUGCGCCAGAUCCGCGUAGCAUUGGCUUCCAAGCGAGAUGAGCUCGGCGCCCUUGUAUCUCUCGAGAUGGGAAAAAUCAGAACCGAGGGCGUCGGGGAGGUACAGGAGUUUGUGGACAUUGCCGAUUAUGCAGUCGGCCUAUCGCGAAUGAUGAAUGGCAGACUCGUUGCUUCUGAACGUCCGGGGCACAGCAUCCUCGAAGUCCCGAACCCGCUCGGAGUUGUUGCAGUACUGUCUGCUUUCAACUUCCCCGUCGCUGUAUACGGAUGGAAUCUUGCUCUGUCGUUAGCAGCCGGCAAUGCUACGCUGUGGAAGCCGUCCCCGAGCACGCCGCUGUGUGGUAUUGCAGUUACCAAGAUCGUGUCCGGAGUAUUGGAGCGGAACGGGGUGCCUGGCGCCGUGGCUGGUCUCGUCACCGGCGAUAAGGACGUGGGUGCUGGUAUUGUGGAGAGCCAGGAUGUCGACAUGGUGUCGUUCACGGGCAGUGAGGCAGUUGGUCGUCAUGUCGGCAAGGUCGUCCAGUCGCGCUUCGGCAAGGUUCUCCUUGAGCUCGGUGGAAACAACGCCGUGAUCGUCAUGCCCGACGCGGACCUCAGCCUCGCUGUGCCUGCCGUCUUCUUCGGUGCGGUCGGCACUGCAGGGCAGCGCUGCACGUCCACGCGUCGGCUCUUCCUGCACCGCGCUAUCGCACCCGAGUUCCUCUCGCGCCUGCGCGCGCUCUACGCCUCGCUCCUCCCCGGCGACCCGCUGGCCCCGAGCACGCUGCUUGGGCCUCUGCACACGCGCGCGGCGGUGGGCGUGUACUCCGACGCCGUCGCGCGGCUGCAGACCGUAGGCGCGGAGAUCCUGACCGGCGGCGCGCGGUACGACGGCGCGGCGCUGGGGAGCCCGCUGGACGGCGGCAACUUCGUGCAGCCGACGAUCGCGGUGCCGCCGACGGUCGAUAUGGGCGACGCGGUGUGGCGGACGGAGACGUUCGCGCCGGUGCUGUGCGUGGGCGUGUUCGACGCGCUGGAGGAAGCGAUCGCGUGGAACAAUGGGGUGCCGCAGGGGCUCAGCAGCAGCUUGUGGACGCGUGAUCUGCGGAACGUCGGGAAGUGGAUCGGCCCGGCGGGGUCGGACGCGGGGAUUGUGAACGUCAAUGUGGGGACGAGCGGCGCGGAAAUUGGAGCUGCAUUUGGUGGAAACAAGACCACAGGCUGGGGUCGCGAGUCGGGCGGUGACGCGUGGAAGCAGUAUGUGCGCUGGAGCGCAUGCACGAUUAACUUCUCGGACGAGGCACCGCUUGCGCAAGGCGUGCAGUUCCCAUCGGAGUCGACUGCUUAAUGCUAUCCUCGUUAGUGAUGAUCGCGGGCUCUUACGUGGUGUACGGAUGUGUAAAGUCCAGUUCAAUUAAAAUUGACACUGAUUGUAGAUCAA